AUGCCAGCUGGUGAAAUCUCGACGACCAGCAUCGUAAAAGAUGCCCUGGCUCAGGGAAAGCAAGUCUUCAUUCCAUACACAUAUGUAGCUGAAGCCCACGUGCCCGGCCAACCAAAAUCAAUCAUGGACAUGGUUGAAUUACAAUCUAUAGACGACUUUGAGACACUGGAGCCCGAUAAAUGGAGUAUUCCAACCCCAUCACGUAACUCCAUUUCGUCUCGGACCAACUCGUUUGGCGGCAAAGGUCUCACUCACGGCAAGCAGAUUCAGACGACGGACGAGGUUGGUCUGGAUUUGAUCGUGAUGCCAGGCAUGGCAUUUGAUGACCAAUUCGGUCGCCUCGGUCACGGUAAAGGGUUCUACGACUACUUUCUGCGCCGCUGUCAUGAUGCGUCGCGGCUGCCUUUUCGCGUCGGUCUUUCCUUGACGGAGCAAUUACUUCCGCCCAGCGAUUCGGUUCCCAUGGAUACUACCGACUACCGUCUCGAUGCCCUGAUAACUGGCGAGGGUGAGCUCCGACGAGCGUAG